GGAGGGAGAGCCGCGGACGGUGAUGCUGCGCGUUAUCUGCUCUCUAAAUGAGGGUUGUCUUUUCCCAGUUCAGGCAGCGAGCCUUCUCCACCCUUUUCCAGUGAGGCUCUGUCAUUUGCACGACGACAGCAGGGCGUCUGUCGGAUCUCCAUCAUCAUCAUCAUCAUCAUCUGCGCUGGAUGUAACCCAGAGCCUCUGCUGCUCCAUCGUCCCCACACGGCCAGAGGAGCCGGAGAUCCGAUCACCGUGCCAUGUGCGGAGCGACAUGUAUGCGUGAAUUCAUGCGGGGACAGCGGGAAGGGGCAAUGGAGCAGCUGUCAUCAGAUUCCUGCAGACGCAUCCUGGGUGAAGCACUGGAGGCUGUGGUGUAGAGAACAAACCUUCAUACGCAGCAGUCAGAGUCGUUUUGAUUGCCAGGAGGACAAACAAAAAGGGGGGUCAGUGGUCUGGUGUGGCUGUUCAUUCCAACCUCAACAAUGGGGGAGCAGCCCAUCUACAGCACGCGGGCCCACGUCUUCCAGAUCGACCCCAACACCAAGAAGAACUGGCUGCCCGCUAGCAAGCACGCCGUCACAGUCUCCUACUUCUACGACAGCACGCGCAAUGUCUACCGCAUCAUCAGCCUGGACGGCACCAAGGCAAUAAUCAAUAGCACCAUCAGCCCCAACAUGACGUUCACAAAGACCUCACAGAAGUUUGGCCAGUGGGCCGACAGUCGAGCCAACACCGUCUAUGGACUGGGAUUCUCCACAGAGCAUCACCUGGCUAAGUUUGCAGAGAAGUUUGCAGAAUACAAAGAAGCAGCACGGCUCGCUAAAGAGAAGAGUCAGGAGAAGACGGAGAUGGCCACGUCUCCCUCUCAGGUAAACUCACUGCAUCAGCACCGCUUCAGUGGAAACUGGAAAACAGAUACAAAUGUUUCAAAAACGGCCGAUUCAUCAGCUACAACUAAUAAAAUACGUCGCUUCACCGUAUAA